AUUGGCCGGGAGCCUCAUCAAUCACGUGUCCUCCCGACCAAAUCAACGCAGCGAAGCCAGGUCAUCGCGUGUCCAAUCAAAUCGCGCGAGAGGCGGGUUUUUACGAAGUCUUUUUUUUUUUUUUUUUUCCGCUUUGUGCAGACGGUCCCUGGCCCUCUAAGAGGAUGAUGCUGAAUCCCCGUCCCCAAACCGGUCACGUUUAUUCUCCUGAUGCACGAAACGACAGAAGUGUUUUAAACAGAUUUUAACCUUAGCUUGGAUUUUAAGAAUAUAUUUUUAACCAGUCAUGGAGUUUCCUGAUCACAGCCGUCGUAUGCUGCACAGCCUCAGAGACCAACAGUCCCAGGGUUUCCUCUGUGAUUGCCAAGUGUCAGUCGGCACCGCCCGCUUCCUGGCCCACCGUUCAGUCCUGGCAUCAUGCAGCCCUUUUUUUCACAUGUCCUGCAGGGAGCGACCAGACAUGCAGGAACUCACGCUCAACAACCAGAUCGUCACAGCUCCAGCAUUUUCGUUACUCCUCAGCUUCAUGUAUUCUGGACGACUCAGUUUCCAAGAGGCACCUACUGAGGACGUGCUGGCAGCUGCCAGCUAUUUGCACAUGGAUGAAGUUGUAAGGGUGUGCAAGAAAAGGCUGCAAGGCCGUGCACCUGCCGAAGCAGACAGCACACGACGAGAGGAAGAAAGUGGAACAAACUGUUUUGGUUUAGAGGAUAAUAAUGGAGACCGGAGGCAUGAAGAGUUAGAGGGCGGCCAGGCAGCUGAAAAGAGUUUGCAAUAUCAAGGGCAAGAUUGUGCUGGAAAUGGUCAGCGAGCAUCCGGAAGUGCCAUCUACCAUUUACAGGAAGUAGCAGGGAGCAGCAGAUAUCAGAGGCAGGAUGCCGCAGGAAAUAGUCAGAAAUUAAUAACAAAUAUAAAAUGUCAGGGUCCUGAAGGGUCAGGGAGAGGAGGGGGUGUUUCUCGAUUUGAGGUGCAGGGAAUGGCAGAGAGUGGCCAGGGUGUAACAGGCAGUUCUAGAUUUGACUCGCACCAGGGGGCAGGUAGUAGUGAAGCAGUCACUGGUAGCAUCAAAUGUCAGGUGCAAGAAAUAACAGUCGACAACCAGGAGGUUGCUGGAAGCUCUAGGUUUGAGAUACAGGACAUGGCAAAUAGUGAACAGAUAGAAGAGGCUGGAAGAUGUUCAGUCCAGGAAGCAGUUGAGAGUACGCCCAUGCCAUCCAACCUGAGGUUCUCCACGCAGAAUCAAGAUAGAGUGUCAGGUGGGCAUACAGGGCUUUCUAGAAACUCCCCAAAAAGGCAAGAGCCAGCUGGAAGCACACAGGGUAAUGGAAGCUCUAAAUAUUCUCAUCUGACCCAGGACACUAUUGGCAUUAGUACUCAGUCCUUACCUCCUUCUAGGUACUCUCUGCAAUCACAAGAUGAAGCCGGUACUACAUUGUCCCUGGUAGGAAACUCCAGAUUCUCUGUGCAAACUCAGGAUCUCACCGGAAGCGUUUUGGCGGGGCAAGGUACAGUCAGAUAUUCUCUUCAGAGUCAAGAUUUGGCAGGAAACAACCUAGCACAGUCAGGCAUUUCUAGAUUCUCCUUACAAGAACCCGCAGGAAGCAUACAGGGUGUGCCGAUGCGUGCCAGAUACAGUUUGCAAAUUCAGGAGCCUACCGCCAGCACAGCCGCACCACCUGGCCCGUCACAAUGCUUUCUACAAAGUCCAGAGUCUGCCACGAAUGCGCUGGCACUGCCAGGAACAUCGAGAUACACGCUGCAUAGUCCGGAGUCCCCUGCUGCCAAGAAGGAAGAAAGAGAAUGCACCAAAUCCGAGUUGACCGUCACCACCACCACUCAGCCCGGCAUGGAAACAGCUGCUGCACCCAGCCCCUGUAGCUCCACUGUUAGCGAGGGCCAACCAGCUCCGGGUGUAGCCGUAAAGAUAGAGGCUAUUGUAAUAUCCGACGAAGAGUGCGAGAGGGCAGUGGGGACGUUUAAAAGGCACGGGUAUGAUGAAGAGGAGGAAGGCGAAGAAGAAUCUGGGUAUGUGCCUUACCAUAUGAUUGCUGUGCCAGGUGGGCAUCACCCAAACUAUGGAGGCAUAUUGCCUCCUUCCAUGCACCCGGAGGGCAUGUACUUACAGGAUUUUGAAGGACAUCCCGGUUUCCCUCUUUUCCCCGAAGACGUGCCCACUUGCAAAACGUGCGGAAAGACCUUCUCUUGUUCGUAUACCCUUCGUCGGCAUGCUACAGUUCACACGAGGGAGCGCCCUUACGAGUGCCGCUACUGCUUGCGCAGUUACACGCAGAGUGGAGACUUGUAUAGACAUAUCCGCAAAGCACACAGUCAGCAGGAGCCGGGCCCUAAAAAAGCCAAGGGGGACAUGGAGCCUACACCCCCAAACUUGCCUUAAAAAAAACAUGUUGGAAGGUGACAUUACAUCAUUGAUCUUAUGUGGUUGACUGACUUAUCAGUGCUAUGUACUUUCGGGAGAGAUUCGAAAAAAUAUUCGGGAGAUCUGUGUCCCGUGUGGACCGCGCAAGCAGAAGUUCAUAUCUCCUUUAUAUCCCUUUUAUGGAAGUUCUCAGUGGUUUUAAUUUAUUGACAGUAAUGUUGUGGGGUUUUAUUCUUGAGUCCAGAACCGAUCAGAGACUGGAACUUGCGAAAUAACUAAAGCAAGGGAGCUUUUAAUGUAUUUUACGUCGGUGUCCCGGCUUUUUACAUGAACAGUGUUGCUCUGAGGAGGCUGCGACGUUGGAAUAAUAAUAAUAAUACCGCCGCUCCGUGCUCUGAUCUUCUGGUAUGUCAGUGGUGUCUUUACAAGAGUAACUGACCAUGCGUCAUUAAACCGUGUCUCCUAAAGAGCAAGUGUUGUCGUGUG